UCCGAGCUUUUGGCAGGAGUGACCAGAAUAAAAACAGCAACACCAGACAUAGGGGGAAAAAAGUGAAAUGAUCCAUUGAACUACGAGUCUUUGCCCUUUCUUAAUUACGUAGUGUCCAGUAUCUUUUCUGUGGGUUUUUUUUUUUCAAGACCGGGUAAGUGGUAAUUAGCUUGCCGGGGAUAAAACCAGCAGAUUGAGAGAGGUCUCGGGCAUUUUGAAGCGAGAUGGCUAGCAGGAAGAUUGUAUCACUCCUUCAAGGAUUCCUCCUCUUCGCUCUGCAUCAACCCUCACUUCAAGGAGGUGUUUACUUACCAGCUGGAGUUGGUGGCCUAUAUCCAGGAGCUGGGGGAGUACCAGGAUAUAAACCUGGAAAACCAGCAGCUCCCUUUGGGGCAGCUGGUCUGGGAGGAACUGGCCUGGGCCCUGCAGGAGUUGGGACUGGUGUCGGGACAGGAGCUGUCGGCAAACCACCAAAGCCAGGAGGAGGGCUCGGAGCAGGUGGUCUGGGUGUCGGAGGUCUAGGAGCUGGAGGACUGGGAGCAGGUUACAAGCCAGCAGGUUAUGGAGGCUACUAUCCUGGAGUAGGCGGAGUGGGAACAGGACUGAAACCUCCUAAAACUGUUCAGCCUGGAACUGGAGUGCAGCCUGGAGUAGGUGUCACCAGAAAAGCUCCUAAACUGGGAGCAGUUCCUGGAGCGACAGGGCCUGGGGUAGGAGGACCAGGAACAGGACUGCCACAGAAUGGGGUUUCUACAGGAGCUGUCAUCCCCCAGAUUGGACUUCCAGGAGUAGGUGCUGGAGGGAAAGCCGGAAAAGUACCAGGUGUCGGAGUUCCAGGAAUUUACUAUGGUGGAACUUUUCCUGGACAAGGUUAUGCUGGGCGAGGGAUCCUCCCUGGUGUCCCCACUGGAACUGGAGUUAAACCCAAAUUGCCUGGAGGGGGAUAUGGAAAUGGAGGUGGACCGAGACAGCCCGGAGUCUUUUAUGGGUACCCUAUCACAGCUCCAAAAGUUCCAGUUUACAGCUAUUACCAGCCCUGGUAUGGAUACAGGGCCUACGGUUACAAUCAACAGGUCACGUAUGGUGGUAUUGCUGGCAAACUUCCCUACGGCUAUGGAGCUGGUUUAGGCACUGGGCUGCCAGGGGGUUUGGGUGCAGGAAUCAAACCAGGAUACCCCACUGGCACAGGUGUUGGAUCACAGGUUAUAUCUCCAGCUCAAGCCAAAGCUGCUAAAUAUGGUGGUGUCCUUCCUGGGACUGGUGUGCUUCCCGGAGCAGGAUUCCCUGUCCGAGGAUUGAGUCCUGGAGAGUAUGCUGCCGCUAAAGCUGCCAAAUAUGGUGUGCCUGGUCAAGUUGCUGUGCCAGGAGCCGUCGGGACAGGAGGCGUGCCAACAGCUGUCGGGACAGGUGGUGUGCCAGGAGCUGUAGGGACAGGAGUGCCAGUUGUGCCAGGGAAACCAGCAAAGGAGCCAACGUUAGCACCUGGAGGAACUGAAAUCCCAGGAGCAACAGCCAUUGUAACAACUGGAGGCAAGGCUCCUAUACCCAUUGGCACUGGAGUUGUUCAACCGGGUGUAGGAGUCAUACAGCCUGGUGUUGGUACAGGUGUAAAACCUGGUGUUGGUACAGGGGUUGUGCAGCCAGGUGUUGGUACAGGUGUUGUGCAGCCUGGAGUUGGCACGGGAGUUGUGCAGCCCGGAGUUGGUACAGGUGUGAAACCUGGUGUUUUUCCAGGAGGACAGCAGAUAGGUGCAGGUGGUGUUAAAGCUCCAAAACCUGCAGGUGGAUACCCGCUUGGUCAAGUUUAUCAACCAGGGGGAUAUCCUUUUGGAGGCUACCAGGUUCCAGGAGCAGGUCCUUACUAUGGAGGGGUGCAGCCAGGUGCCAAACCACUGAAAGCCCCAGGUGUUGGGAGAGCUGGAGUCGGAGCUGGAGUCGGAGCUGGAGUCGGAGCUGGAGUCGGAGCCGGAGUCGGAGCUGGAGCCGGACUGCUCCCAGGAGGAGGUCUGAGGUAUCCAACUGGUGUAGGACUGGGAGCUAAACCGCCAAAACCGGGCUAUGGUGCUUUGGGUGGAGGAUUUGGGCCAGGUUAUGGUGGCUACCAGCAAGCUUUCCCAGGAUAUGGGCAAGUUCCCAUUGGUGCUCAGUUAGGUAAACCUCCCAAACAGUACGGGGGAUUGUUAGGAAGGCUUGGCGGAUACACAGGGGCUGCUGGGUGUCCAGCAGGCAAAUACUGUGGGAAAAAGAGAAAAUAAAAGACUCUUGAGAAUGAAGUGACCUCAAGAAAUUAUGGUGCUACUGCAUGAUCUAGAAUGUACAUUUUUAUACAAAAAACAACCCCUUUUCAUGUACACACCUCAAAGUUUCUGUGACUUCUUUGUUUAAAAAAUAUUAAAUCUCUGCAAAGCCAGAAGAAUGAUUGACUUGAAGAAAAAAACUGAAGCAGAAGCCAAUUGUAUGCCGAUACUACAAGAUUAUUUUAGUAUACAAGCAAUUUAUUACAUUAUAAGAUUACUAGAAGUGUAGUGCAUUCUAUAAUUGACAUACAACUGUGUAUUGUUAAAUAUUUUUAAAUUGCCUACCAUACCCUUUAAAAGCUUAUAGUAUAUCUAAAGCAUUUUAGGCACAACUGGAACCAAUUUGUAUGCUGCCUAAGUGUAAACAAUCCCAAUAUUAAAGCACAGUGUAUCAAAGCACUAACAAAGUUACCUUUUUGUGAUGUACAUGUAACUGAGCCCAACUUACUUGCAAACUUAAAAUACAACAUUUCAUUGUGCAUUGCAAAUGAUCAGGUUACUGCUUUGUAGUAAAAAGUACAUUGAUUUUUUUUUCCUUUUGCUGUAUCAGCUGCUGCUGUUUUAUUUUCUAUUGAAAAAGGAAAAGAAUACUUACAGUACAGGCUGUUCAAUGAAUUACAGCCUGUCUACCCUGCUACCCAAUAGCAGAUAGUGCUAUCUGAUCAGCACACGUUCUAAAGAGCACGUAUAAGUACUGUAUCCUAAUAUUUUGGAAAAAUAUGGUAGGUGAACAUAAACGUGGCUGUUUUAUGAGAGCAUGGGACUCUGCAGGGGCUAAUUGAGGACCGAUAUACUUUGAGUAUUUUUGGAUUUUGCCCCUGGCACGCUGUUAUCUGGUUAUCUAUUAGAGUCACUGUGCCAUUUAAGAAAUGAAAUAACAGCACAGUAGAAUUUUGACUAGCGGGUUAGAGUCCCUUGGUUGUGCAUCUUUGUAUUUUUUAUCUGCUUACUUUGCAUAUAGUUAAAAUAUGAUGAGCUUCCUGCUCUGAUUCUUAGAUGUUGAUAAGCUAACAUUGGAAAACAAAGGGGAAAUACGUACCAGUUAUUAAGCUGAAAUCCUGAAAUACAAAUGUUUUUAAAAACACUUUGGCCCUGCUUCAGUGAAUCUAUCUUUGAAAACCAAUUCUUCUGGCUUCAUUUAAGAAUGUAACAACCAAGUCGCUGAAACAAAAGGUAAAUUAGGACUACCAAAACACGGUUUUGACCUCUACAUUGUGUGUGUCUGAAGUACAACUUUAGAGCUAUUAAUUUUAUGAUCUUGUCAACCCCAGAAAGGGGAAUACUAGGUGCUUAAGUCAUUCAACUUUGGAUGUUUGUCUUAUCAUAAUCAUUUAAUAGUUUACACUUGCAUUUCAAUUUCAACAUAUUUUUCAUGAUGGAUCAUAAAGAAACUGAGUUGUUAUAAUGUACUGGUCUAUUUCUUCCUGAUAGAAUUUUUCACCAUUUCGAACUUGACAUAAAAAAAUCUUCCAAAAUUGUGUAAAUUAUAAAGUAAGAUCGGUAGUUUUUUUUUUCUUUGCUUGUGCAAUUUUUUCAGUUACUGUGGAGAACUGUUCUUAUAUUACGCUUAAAGUUUUUUAUUUGUCGUGAUUUCGGGGAGCCAUUUUCUGUGAUUAGUUCUCCUUUCCCACCAACCCACGAUUAUGGAGCUGAAAUGGGUGAAUGUGCCAGUUUAAAUAAAAUAAUUCCUAUUGCUUGAAAAUUA